AUGGGAUAUAUGGACUUGGCGUUGUCGUAUUCGAAUCAGAUGCGGAUUGUUGAUGCACCUGCAAGCGGAGGAGGUCUCAGCCAGAAUGGAAAAUUCAGCUAUGGAUAUGCAAGCUCAGCUGGAAAGAGAUCAUCUAUGGAAGACUUUUUCGAGACGAGGAUCGACGGUAUCGAUGGAGAAAUUGUUGGUCUUUUUGGAGUCUUUGAUGGCCAUGGUGGAGCCAGAGCAGCUGAGUAUGUGAAGCGUCAUCUAUUCAGCAAUCUUAUCACUCAUCCUAAGUUCAUCUCUGACACCAAAUCUGCAAUAACUGAUGCGUAUAAUCAUACAGACUCUGAACUUCUCAAGUCAGAAAAUAGUCACACUAGAGAUGCUGGUUCAACUGCGUCUACUGCUAUUCUCGUUGGUGAUCGUUUACUCGUUGCAAAUGUUGGAGAUUCCAGAGCUGUUAUAUGCAGAGGCGGAAAUGCCUUUGCUGUGUCAAGAGACCAUAAACCGGACCAAAGUGAUGAGCGUGAACGUAUUGAGAAUGCUGGUGGUUUUGUGAUGUGGGCAGGGACUUGGAGAGUUGGAGGAGUUCUUGCAGUUUCUCGCGCGUUUGGUGAUAGACUGUUGAAACAGUACGUUGUUGCUGAUCCAGAAAUUCAGGAAGAGAAGAUUGAUGAUUCUCUUGAGUUUCUGAUCCUCGCCAGCGAUGGGCUAUGGGAUGUUUUCUCCAAUGAGGAAGCGGUUGCAAUGGUGAAAGAGGUCGAAGAUCCAGAGGAAUCCUCCAAGAAACUUGUGGGAGAAGCAAUACGGAGAGGAAGUGCAGACAACAUCACAUGUGUAGUCGUACGUUUUCUGGAGAGCAAAACUGCUAACAACAAAGCAUCUCAGAUUUCCUCAACCCAUGCCAGUUCCUCCCAGGAAGCAAAUCAUGAGAAAAUCGCAGUUACAAAAGACUCGGACCACAAGAUCUCAACCAAAGAAACCAAGCAAGACCAUACCGCAGCACACAGUGACUCGGACCGCAACACUGAGAGUGAAAACCUGAAACAAAAGUCGAUCGCAGCUAGAAGCAACGACUCAGGUGACAUCAGCUCGACUCAAAAACCAAUUGCGAUUACAGCUGCAGAACGUAGCAUUUCUUCCGAACAGAGUGAUUCAGCAAGCCAAAAGAAUCAAAUGCCAAUCGCAAUUAGUAGCGGCUCAAAGUCUAAGAACUCAGCCAAGCAACCUGGUCAAGCAGACAACGAAAUGCCAGUCGCAAUUCAUAGCGGCACAGAGGCCAAGAGCUCAGCCAAGGUACCUGGUCAAGGGCAGAUCACAGCACACAGCGAUUUGGACAGUAGCAUUGCGAAUCAGAAGCAAAAGAUUGCAGCAACACACGCCACUUCCUCGGAACAAAGCGGAUUAACGGGUGACAAGAAUCGAAAGCCAAUCGCAACUCAGAGGAAAACCGCCACAAGCAAGACAAGUAGCACUCACUCUAUCGCUAAUUAA